AUGGAGACAAAAAAGGACUUGACGGAAUUGAGCAUCGAAAAACAGGAAGCUCUUCCAGGCGUGCAGGAUGCCGCCUACAACCUCUCACUACGUGCCGUGAACCCAGUAGAUAUCAAUGUCUUUAAUGUAUCACUCCAAGUCGACACCACCCCACCAAUAUGGGAGACCUCUCCUCCCCGUAUCUGGGACCGUCUGCGCGGCCAGAAGCCACCAGAUACAAGCAAACCAGUCCUGCAAAACAUCUCAGCUUCCAUGCCCAGCGGAAGUCUCACCGCAAUCAUUGGCAGCAGCGGCUCAGGCAAGACAUCGCUACUGAACCUGAUGGCCAGCCGAAUGAGCAUGUCCCGCGCCCACGCCUCCGGGACAACAACCUUCAACGGCGACUCGAACAUCGCGCACAUCCGCAGUGCCUACGUCAUGCAAGAAGACGUUCUCAUCCCGACCCUCACAGUCCGCGAAACCCUUCGCUACUCAGCGGACCUUCGUCUGCCUCCGCCGACGACCCCAGCAGAGCGUCAUGCAAUUGUGGAGCAGGUCAUUCUGGAACUCGGCUUGAAAGAGUGCGCGAAUACCCGGAUCGGGAAUCAUGCGCACAAAGGGUGCAGCGGGGGCGAGAAAAGACGCACAAGCAUCGGCGUGCAGCUUCUGGCGAAUCCGUCUGUGCUGUUCUGCGAUGAGCCUACUACGGGAUUGGAUGCGACGAGUGCGUUUCAGAUCAUUCGCACGCUAAAGUCUCUUGCCAUGAACGGGAGGACAAUUGUCGUUUCGAUUCAUGCGCCGCGAUCGGAGAUUUGGAGUCUUUUUGAUAAUGUCGUGCUGCUUGCAAAGGGCUCUGCGCUGUAUAGCGGUUCGCUCGAGGGGUCGCUGAGUCACUUUGAAGAGAACGGAUACGUUCUUCCGCCGUUUGUCAAUCCUGCGGAGUUUCUGAUCGACCUGGCUGCUAUUGACAAUCGCACGGAAGAGCUUGAGGCUGCUUCGAACGCAAGGGUGCAGCGAUUGACGGGUGCAUGGAAAUCGAAGCAACAUGCGAAUCAGCAUGACAAAGAGGUUCCGCGAACCACUUUGGAGUCUGACCUAGAUGGCCAGUACAUUACCACGAAGACAGUCUCGUUCCGUCGACAGUUCCGCGUUGUGACAUCUCGCACGUAUGUCACUACCAUUCGCGACCCUAUGGGCGUUGCUGGUAGUCUUUUAGAAGCCAUUGGAAUGGCUGUCAUCAACGGAUGGAUAUUUUUGCAGCUCGACGAAACUCAGUCGGGCAUCCGGUCGCGAGAAGGUAGUUUGUAUACAGCCUGCAGUUUGAACGGGUACCUCAUUCUGCUAUAUGAGACGUAUCGCCUGACGAUUGACAUCCGUCUGUUUGACCGAGAGCACAAUGAAGGGGUGGUGAGUGUUCCUGCUUUCCUCCUCAGCCGACGAGCAGCUCGACUACCCCUGGAAGACUUGCCCGUGCCACUCAUCUUCUCCCUCAUCUUCUACUUCAUGGUAGGAUACCGAUUAGACGCGAGCCAGUUCUUCAUCUUCUUCGCCCUGUCAUUACUCACGCACUAUACCGCCGUGACCUUCGCCGCCGCUGCCAUUAGUGUGGCACGAAGCUUCCCUGGAGCCAGUCUCGUGGGCAAUCUAUCCUUCACGCUGCAAUCAUUUGCGUGCGGGUAUUUUGUCCAGUCUAAUCAGAUCCCAGUCUAUGUGAGGUGGCUCAAGUGGUGUGCAUAUACGUUCUACGCAUUCGGCGCACUGUGCGCCAACGAGUUCAUUGGAGUCAAUGGCUCGGACGUGGGCCACUUUUAUGCGUGUCCGUACUCUGACGACCCGCUGGAUCCAAGAUGCAAGGAGUACACCGGUCGCUAUAUAAUGGACAGUCUGGGAUUGCCAUCAAAUUGGAUCUGGCGGCCCAUCGUGGUUCUUGCUGCAUUUUCUGUUGCCCAUUACCUCUUUGCUGCAUUGCUGCUACAGUACAAUCGCUUUGCCAUCGACGUCGCGCAGGCACGACAAAACGAGACUUCCGGUGGGAAAGCUAAAUUCGCUAUUCGUCCGACUGAAGAGGUACGCAAGGUGACGAUCUCACUCAAUGAGUAUUCACUGCAGAUCCGAAAGAAGCGUUUAUGGCAAUCUGCACAGACUUUACAGAUUCUCAGACCCAUCAAUGCACGGCUCCAGUCAGGACAGCUAAACGUCAUCAUGGGCCCUUCAGGCAGUGGAAAAACAUCGCUCCUAAACUCCAUUGCCAAUCGGCUCAAAGGCUCACUGGACACACAGUACUGUGUCAACGGGGACAUGCUGUACAACGGCGCCGUGCCCUCGAAAAGUGUCAUACGAUCUGUCACUUCAUUUGUCACCCAAGACGACGACGCUCUGAUGCCGUCCCUGACAGUGAGAGAGAGUUUACGCUUCGCAGCAGGCCUGCGAUUGCCAUCCUGGAUGUCCCGUGAAGAAAAGAACCAACGCGCCGAAGAAAUAAUGUAUAAAAUGGGCCUCAAAGAGUGCGCAGAUAACCUCAUCGGCAGCGACUUGAUCAAGGGUAUCAGCGGGGGAGAGAAAAGACGCGUGACGAUUGCGAUUCAAAUCUUGACAGACCCAAAAGUCCUUCUCUUGGACGAACCGACCUCUGGCCUGGACGCCUUCACGGCAAUGUCGAUCAUCGAGCUGUUGAACAGUCUCGCCGCCGAGGGUCGCACCCUGAUAUUGACCCUGCAUCAAUCACGCUCAGACCUCUUCCCUCACUUCUCCCAAGUCCUGCUGCUGGCACGCGGGGGCUACCCCGUCUACGCCGGAGCAGGAAGCUCAAUGCUAGACCAUUUCGCCGGACAAGGUCAUGAUUGCCCGCGGACCACCAACCCGGCAGACUUUGUAUUGGAUCUCAUCACCAUCGACCUUCAACAAGAGGACCGUGAGAUCGUCACGCGGGAGCGCGUACAGAACCUCAUUUCCUGCUGGCUUGAUGGUCCUCUUGAUCCAGCACUCGGGCGCCAGGAGUCUCGCAUUGCUACGCCUGCCGAACUGGGCAGUCUCAAGCGGCAGAUGCUGCCAUUCCGAGUGACAUUCCCACUGGUGCUGCAUCGCUCCAUGAUGAACUUUUGGCGCCAGCCACCGCUAGUCAUGGCGCGGUCAAUGCAGAUUCCUGGAAUAGCCAUCAUCAUGGCUCUGUUUUUCGCUCCGCUGAAGAAUGACUAUGCGGCCGUGCAGUCGCGGAUGGGAUUUGUGCAGGAGUUUGCGGCCUUGUAUUUCGUCGGCAUGCUUCAGAACAUUGCCAUCUACCCCGGCGAGCGUGACGUCUUCUACCGCGAAGAGGAAGACAACUGCUACACAACUUCCACCUUUCUGCUCACUUACACGGCCAUCGAGAUACCCUUUGAAAUCAUCGCAUCGCUAGUCUUCGGUGCUCUCGCAGCCUUUGCUGACAAUUUGAAGCGCACCACGACCAUGUUUCUGAUCAGCGCUUUCAACUGUUUCUGUAUCAUCAACUGCGGCGAGUCUGUCGGCAUCAUGUUUUGCACGUUGUUUUCGCAUGUUGGCUUUGCGGUCAAUGUGACAUCUACCCUGCUGUCGAUCUCGACCAUCCUCGGCGGUGUUAUGAGUCUCAACGUCCACGAGGUCUUGCAGGCGCUCAACCACCUCUCGCCGAUCAAGUAUGCCGUUGCUAAUCUGGCGCCAUAUUCAUUGCACGGACAAAAGUUCCAUUGCUCGGCGGCACAGCAGCUUGCUGAUGGCAGUUGUCCGAUCACGUCUGGAGAGCAGGUAUUGAGACUUUACAAUCUGGACAAGAGCGGACCAAUGAACAUCAUGGCCCUGGGGGUGUGUACGAUUAUCUAUCGCUUUGUUGCUUAUGCGUUUCUGAAGGCGAUGAGGUCACAUAGACUCAUGGAGCGUUGGAGGGAGUGGCGCGCGCGGAGCGUUUAA